AUCCAGCCGAACUUUCGAGGGGAAUGUGCCAAUGCCUGCCAUUCAUCGAAUCGAAUACAACAUUGUUGUUAACAAUUGGCUGUUGUUGUUGUUGGCUGUACGCGUACGUGUGGUCACAGGGCACAUGUUUGCACCGUUCAAAAGAAACGUUACCCGAUUUUGUUUAUUGAGUGAGUGGAUUUUGGAAUUUUUGCCGCCAACUUUUUGCAAAACCCAUUUAGUGUUUGAAAUGGCUCAACGACAAUCAUUGUUUGGCAAUUGUUCAACCAUCCCUGAAAAUUCCAAUCCAAACAUAACAUUCAAGCAAUUGAUUUUGGAGACCGAACAAGAUGAUUCAUCAUUAUGGCAACAAUUCAAAGACCAAAUGCAAAGUAAAGAUUGCCAAUCUGAAUUGACACGACAUGAUGUGUCUCAAUUGCAAAAUAAAAUCGAUACACUGGAAUGCAAAUUGUUCACAUUGGAAUUGGAAAAUGAUGGUUUGAAAACCUGUAAACAAGAAUCGAUUCGUUUAAAAUCGGAAAUAUCAGAAAAAAAUGAACAACUUUUCGGUGUGCGAAGAAUGCUGGAAGCAGCAGAAACAAAUUUAGAUUCGCUCCGAAGAUCGAAUGCCAUGAAAGACGAACAAAUUAAUGAAUUAAUGCAAAAGAUUGCUUGCUUGCAAUCCCAAUCGGAAUCUUGUCGAUUGAUCAGCAACGGUAAUGGUGAUGAUGUAAUUAGCCCUACCACUGCUAAGAAGCCUCUAUCAUUCGCGUGUUGUCGAUGUGAUGCAACAUUCAAGACUAAAUAUCAUUUGCAACGUCAUUGUAUGCGUCACUCCAACAAACGUCCAUUCAAAUGCUCGGUUUGUAAGGAAAAAUUCAAACGUCGAGAUGUUUUGGAACGUCAUAGCCUAAGACACUCGGAUAAACGUCCUUUCAAGUGCUCCGAGUGUGAUGCAACAUUUAAACGGCAAGAUGUUCUGAAGCAACAUCACCAAAAUGAACAUUUGUGAUUGAUUUGUGAUUGAUUUUAUUAAUGUUUUUAACAUUUUUCUCGAAUUUUGAAAAUAUCUAUUAAUUUUAUAAAAAUAAA